CGGGAACAAAAAGAUCUCGUCUGGAAGUAGGAGCGGGAAAAAUGAUUACCUUUCCAUCUCUUCUCUUAUAAAGUGUGACAGCAGGCGUCUGUGUAGGUUCAUAGCAUAGAAAGUUGAGCACACAGCACUUUAAGGAUUUCAGCUGGGAAUUUUAUAAAGUUCUAAAGGCAACUUACGAAUCAAAUCUUAGCUUCAGUUUCAAGAACAAAAGACUCUCAAAAUGCCAGCAGACAGUCCAUCACCCGUUCUCGUUCCGGGAGCCUCCAGUGAAUCCCAAAAAAGCCUGAAAACUCCAAACAAGGAAAAACAGCACGAAGAUAUUUCUGACCACCUGCCCUACGAGCUGGGAUAUUUGCCUGAAGAUAUCAGACAAAUGGCCGAAAAAGAGCUUGGUGAAACAGAAGAACGUAAACAAGCGGCCCUCAGGAAAUUCAGGCAGCUGAUAGCAGCUGAAAAGAAUCUCUAUGUUCGUACUGAUGAUCUCUGUCUGUUGGCUUAUCUACGAGGCAAGAAAUAUGACGUGGAUAGGGCUUUCAAAAGUAUGAAGAAUACUUACAAGCUCAGAAUGAAAAAGAAAUUCUAUGACGCCGAUGAUAAUUCGAUUGUUCACGAAGUGUUUCGUCAAAAUUGGAUUGGUUUCUUACCAUACAGAGCAAAGAAUAAUAGUGUAAUUCUGGUCAUUAAAGUAGGCAUGUGGGAUCCUGAAAAGGUUGAUCGAGAUCUCCUCAUGUGGGUGAUUACCCACUGCAUGAUCCACUCCAUCGAAGACGAGGCGACGCAAGUAGCUGGCUACUCAGCAAUUAUUGACGUCAGGGGCGUCACCAACAAACACCUCAAGCUUCUUACCAUAGAAAACAUCCUCCUAAUCAUCCAUUCCACUCAGCAUUGUUUCCCUGGAAGAUACAAAGCCGUGCAUGUUAUUGGCAUGCCGAAAUUCUUCGCCUAUGCGUGGAAUAUGUGCUAUCCUUUUAUUCUUAGCUACAAAAUGCAGAAGCGGAUAUUCAUCCAUGGAGAGAAUCUAAAGAAUCUCCACAAGUACAUGUCCCCUUCCAUUCUACCUCAAGAGUUCAACGGAGAGCUUGGUCCUUUUGACAACAGCUGGUGGCAUGCCAGCAUCUUGAAAAGGAAUGAUUGGGCCUUGGAACAACGUUUGUACGGGUACAAAAAGUGAUAUAUUUUCUCACACUCUGUGGCAAGUUCUGGGAAGAUAAAGUCCAAAACUAGUCCUCAAAGGUCACAUGAGUUACUGAAUGAAAAAAGUAUCCAUAUCAGUGGUGAGGUUUCUGUAUAAAUUAAAUCAAUGUUCCGUGUAUGUCAAAGGGAUACUUGUUGUUUUCUAUUAUUAUACUUUUGAGAUUACUCACGCAUUAUGUACCAGCAUGAAGAAAAUGUUGAAGGACAAGUGAAGGGCAUUCUUCACUUCUUAGCUAUAAAGAUGGAGAUGGUAUAAAAUUUCUAUCUAGGAAAUGCCGUCUGAUAUAAGUUUAUUUACAUACUUAUUUUUGUGUGUGUUUACAUUUAUUUGUAAAGUAUGCAUAUCCAACUGUGAUGUUGUCGUAAAGAAUAUGUUAUUCUUUUGAAAUGACUAUGAAUCUUACUUUGUCGAACAAUAUAAAUAUAUAAACUGACCUGAUCUUUACUAUGUAGACUGAACUGUUUUUCCAACGAUUUAUUUCUUAUUUAAAAUAUCUGAAUGGAAAUUAUGACAAAUAAAUUUACUUCAUAAAUGGUA